GCGAAAGAAAACAGCCAGUGAGCUUCGAAAUUCAGGUUGGGGCAAAAGCGGAAACCACGAAAGGUCAUGGACUUUUGGUCUUGUGUAAUGUGUUUGCCUUCCACACUCGGCCGAGAGAGGCAGUCGAGAGAGGACGCGUCGCGCACAAACACAAACCGACCACGGAGUACACGCCGCACGCCCUCGCUCUGUAUCGAGAUAAGGUGUGGCUCUAUUAAUAGAGGCCCCAUAGGAGGCCAUGUUAUCGUCAGUCCAGAUUGGAUUGGAUUGGAUUGUAUCAAGACAACCGCAGAGUGUAUUCGACACUGACGUUGAUGGAGACAAGGCGCGCGUUUGUACACCAUAGCUCUCGUUGAGCUGCAGGAGUUGUCCAUCGGCACGUUGACAAUCGCAGACCCCCAUUUUCGCCAAGGU